UGAUAUCUGAAUCCUCCAGGACCAUUAAACCCACCCACCACCUCCAGAACCACUUCUCAGACUUUCCAAAUAAAACGGACCCAGCUGCGUCGCGGCGCUGCGUCACAGCCGCUCCAGUUGGCUGCGCCUGGGAGGGAGGAAGAUGUCGGGGAUCACGCUGCUGCUGCUGUCGGGGCUCUGCGGUCCGCUGCUGCUGCGGGGCGCGGCGAUGAUGAUCCAGCGGGGCCCGGUCAGUCUGAACGAGAUGUUCCGGGAGGUGGAGGAGCUGAUGGAGGACACGCAGCACAUUCUGGACGAGGCGGUGGAUCAGAUGACCACUGAGAAUGCUAAAUUCCCUCCAUCUUCCCUGGAUCUGCAUCCCAACGGGACCAUGAAGUUUAGGGAUGGAACGACUCGGGUCCUGGAGAGAACAGAAAAGGAGACCAACAACAGAACAGGAGAGACUCGUCUGUCACGCGUCCACGCGGAGAUCUCUGGCCAGUGGAACAGCGUCAAUCAGGAAUGCGUGGUGGACGAGGACUGUGGAGACCUGAAGUACUGCCUGUAUGAGAUAGAGAGCUCCAAGUGCCUCCCCUGCAUACCAACAGAUAUGCCCUGCACGAAGGACGAGGAGUGCUGCUCACAUCAGAUGUGCGUUUGGGGUCAGUGUAGUGUGAACGCCACCAAAGGAGCAGAAGGGACUAUCUGUCAGGGUCAGAGCGACUGCAGGCCGGAUCUCUGCUGUGCCUUCCAGCGAGAGUUUUUGUUUCCAGUCUGUAACCCCAAACCUGCGAGAGGGGAGGCCUGUCUGAGCCACCCUAACCUGCUCAUGGACAUGCUGGCCUGGGAUCAGGAGGGUCCCCGCGAUCACUGCCCGUGCGCGGACAACCUUGAGUGCAAACCUCACCGCCGCGGCUCCGUGUGCGGAGGGUAGAACCAGAGAAGUUGUUCAGACCGGAUCCAAACUGGUGAUGAUGGUGCUGAAUUCAAACUAAGGACCAGUCAACAUGAAGAUCAGCAGUUUUAAUGGACCAAAUGUCUCUUUAAGGCAGCGUUUGCACUGGUUGUAUUAUUUAUGCUUUACUGCAAGAGUGUGCUGAAAAACGAAUAAAUUAAGGGACCCGAAUUUAA